AUGACGUCUUCACAGCCGGUAUUGAACCAGGUGGUUCGGUACCUUGAAGGCCCCGACGGCUUCGAGGGUUGGCUCGUGACAGUCGAGCUUGCCCUCAUGGCCUCCGAUCUUCAGGAUCACACAGCCCGAACGCCUGACCCUGCGACUAAGGACUGGGUCAUUGACGACAUCAAGACCAGAGGCGUCAUCAUACACUACAUCAGUCACGAUCUGAUUGUCAAGCUGAAGCAAGACGACUGGACUCCAAACUCCACGGCGAAGGCCACUAUGGAGCGGCUCAAGACGAUCCUCAUGCACGUCGCGGAAGACUCGCGGCAAGACACGAUAAAACAGUCCUUCAAUAUCUACCUCCGCAAAUUCGGAACCAUCGAACAAUUCAUUGACAAAAUACAUUGGUGCUGGACGCGACUCGAGGCAGUGCUUGACAAGCUUGACGAGAAGCUCUUCUGUAUACGCAGCAAUGGAAGGCUUCCGGGAAGCCGAGGCUGA